CCCGGAAGCGGAAGGCUUGAACGCGUUGGGUGGGAACCUGUGAGACCACUAGCCAUGCGCGACUUGGAGGAGCCCGGCCCUCGACCCACAGCGACCUCGUGCGGGUGCAUGAAGCCGGCUCUGGAGACAGGGAAUCUUUUAACUGAGCCAAUUGGUUACUUGGAAUCCUGUUUCUCGGCCAAGAAUGGUACUCCAAGGCAGCCAUCCAUUUGUAGCCAUUCACGGGCUUGUUUGAGGAUUAGAAAAAGCAUCUUUAAUAAUCCUGAACAUUCCUUGAUGGGCUUAGAACAGUUUUCUCAUGUUUGGAUUUUGUUUGUUUUUCACAAAAAUGGUCAUUUGAGCUGUAAGGCAAAAGUGCAGCCUCCUAGGCUGAAUGGUAUGAAGACUGGCGUUUUCUCUACGAGGAGCCCACAUCGUCCCAAUGCGAUAGGACUGACCCUAGCCAAACUGGAAAAGGUAGAAGGUGGAGCCGUAUACCUUUCUGGAAUUGACAUGAUUCAUGGCACACCUGUACUAGACAUAAAGCCCUACAUAGCUGAUUAUGACUCGCCACAAAAUUUGAUUGAGCCUUUAGGGGACUUUAAUUUACAGAAUAACCAAUGUAAACCAAAAACCGUGUCCCAGUGUGAUGGCAAGACUGAUAGCUGUGACCAGCAACAGCUCUCAGGGUACGAGGAACCACAGCUCUACAGUUGCACUAAGGAGAAACCUAAAUGUCCUGAAGAUAGAACUUCAGGAGAAAACAACGCAAAACACGACAACUCAGCAAAAAUCCAGCAAAGCUCACCUGAGCCCAGGGAGAGAGCAGCAGAUUUGGGUGAAGAAUCAGAAAGUGGUCCGAGUCCUAGGGUAGCAGAAGAGCAAAGUGGCCCAUGUUGCCUGGAGAAGAGCUUUUCAGAGGAACAAGCAGACAGCAGGCUGAGGAGAGGGGAAGCAGCAGUGGUCCCACAAGGACACAGCACGGAGGUGCCGCCCGAGGCUCUUCCCUGCCCUUCCAGGGCGGCUGGUGCAGCCCACCGCAGUGCGGUCCCCGCCUGGGUGAGAGAGGCUCCCGUGGCCACCUUGGGAGUCCGUUUUACUCCUCACGCGGAGAUGGACCUUGAGCACCUCAGCUCAGGUGAACCAGGUAUUGGUCAGGCUUCAUUUAAAUAUUUUCAGUCAGCGGAGGAAGCAAGGUGUGCCAUCGAGGCUGUGCUGUCAGCCGACCCUCGGUCUGUUUAUCGACGGAAAGUCUGCCAGGAUCGUCUUUUCUACUUUACAGUAGACAUAGCACAUGUCACGUGCUGGUUUGGUGAUGGUUUUGCAGAGGUCUUAAGGAUCAAGCCGGCUUCUGACCUGUUCAGAUGAGUGACCUGUGGAGUCCUUGGUGUCUCUGGGAUCGUGAGUAGCCUCCAUCGAGUCUUUAAGACAGCCUAAUUGACUUCAGUAUGGCUGUUGGAUUUUCUGUACAAGCUAAUGAUGUGCCUUCUUUGCAGAAAGACGCAACACUUUGUGAUCUCACUGCUUUGAUUGAUUUGGGUUGUUCAGAAUAUUUAUUUGAAAAACAUGUGUUUUAAUAAACUAAGAGAUACAGAAUUUGGAGAAAUCGCCAUAGCAUGAUCGUUUUUGAUCAGUUAAUACUGAAGAAUCCAAAGGUGAUGCUUUAUCAGUGUUUUCUGAAAGAAGUCAAUUCUUCUUGGCACUUGAUAAAACUGGGCAGAAGCUGGGGGGAUGUGUUGAACAAUUCAUGUUGAUUUUUUUGUCUGAAAAAGCCUGACCUCUCUGUUUUAUUCUAAAUCAAACUGAGUUAUGAUAUCUUAAGAAACUAACAAAUCAAAACCAAGUAGUUAUAAAGACCUUUAGAGAUUAAACCCCUGUGUUUCAGAGACUUUGCCACACACACACGCACACACGCACACACAUGUAUGUGUAAUAUUUAAUCCUGAUUCCAAAGUUAGAGACUCUAAGAUUUCUUUGGAUGCCUUUGUGUCAGAAAAGAAAGUCACUCUGAGAAGUCCAAGAAAAUAACUUAAUUACUGGUUUAUUUCUUAUUUAUUCUAUGACUGUUUACUGAGAACUAUUGUGAGUUAGGUUUUGGUGAUAGAAUGAGAUGAACAGGAUGCAAUUCUUGUUGUAGGUCAUAGUUGUGGAGGAAGAAGACACAAACACAUUGUUGUAUUACAGUUAGAUAGAGUAAUUAAGUCCGUACAUGAUUCCUGUAUAAGCACCACACGGGAAGCAGUUUUAAGAAUGUAUUGGGCUUCCCUGGUGGCGCAGUGGUUGAGAAUCUGCCUGCCAAUGCAGGGCACACGGGUUCGAGCCCUGGUCUGGGAAGAUCCCACAUGCCGCGGAGCGACUGGGCCCGUGAGCCACAACUACUGAGCCUGCGCGACUGGAGCCUGUGCUCCGCAACAAGAGAGGCCGCGAUAGUGAGAGACCCGCGCACCGCGAUGAAGAGAGUGGCCCCCGCUUGCCACAACUAGAGAAAGCCCUUGCACAGAAACGAAGACCCAACACAGCCAAUAAAUAAAUAAAUAAAUAAAUAAAUA